AUGAUGGAAGAAGAUAUUGCACUCUCCCCUACCACUGUUUCAACGUCAUCCUUCCACACUACUCCGUCACCUACAGACCAUACCAACGAUGGCUCGACAGGCAAGGGCAUCCUCAUUGGCAUGCUCUCCGCUUUCGGCUCAGCCGCCUUCGUCGUCCUCGUCUUCGCCAUCUUUUACUUCUUUAGAUACACCAGUCGAGGACGCAUCUUCUUAGAUCGCAUAGGAAGACCGGGCGAGUAUGACGAUGAGCAGGCGCUGGCAAGAGAGGAGGCCGAUGCUUUAGAGGACAUGGAUGAUCUGCAACGAGUGGAGUAUCUCAGAGCAAAAGCAUUCAUCCAAGCCAAUCCGCCCGAGACUUUGCCUACGGACAUUUCACUUUCACAGUACCUUGCAAUCCAGGAGAAGGGCGUGUCCGCAUGGGAAUUUGAGCCCGAGCUCGAGAUUGCGAACUGCUUUGUCGAGGGCCGAACGGAGAUCGAGUUUUUUGAUUCUGAAUGUAGUGUCCAAAGCAAUCUGCCCAUACCGAAACAGAACGAGGUUUACUAUUGGGAAGCCAAAGUGUAUGAUAAGCCCGAUUCUUCUUUGAUCAGUAUCGGUGUAUCGACAAAACCAUAUCCCCUCUUCAGACUACCGGGCUGGCACAAAUCCUCAAUAGCCUACACCUCGACCGGCCAACGGCGCUACAACCAACCAUUUACGCCAACCAGUUAUGGUCCUGAGUACGUACAAGGCGAUGUCAUAGGUGUCGGCUAUCGACCACGAACCGGAAGCGUCUUUUUCACACGGAACGGCAAGAAGCUAGACGAUGUAGCUCAUGGCUUGAAGACACAGAAUUUUUUCCCAACAGUGGGCGCAAAUGGUCCCUGCACCGUGCAUGUCAAUUUUGGUCAAAGCGGGUUCGUUUUUAUUGAAGCGAAUGUCAAGAAAUGGGGCCUGGCUCCAAUGACCGGUAGUCUUGCGCCGCCGCCACCGUACGGCAGCGAGCAAGGCAGUAUACUGCUGGAAGCUGGAAGAGACGGCACGAGACAGAGCCAGCCAACUUACGGGCAUGCAAGAUCGCGGAGCGGGAAUAUAAGAACUGCUCCGCCAAUGAGUCCCGGUCCACAACGGUCACCAACGGAGAUUUCCCUCGCGCAAUUGGCCCAUAUACCGUCGAACGAGGAUGUGGGUGAGGGCACUAGUAGGAGUGCGGAACGAGCAGACGGAGUGUUGGACCAGCAAGUAACUGCCCAUGAUCCGCAAGAUUUCUCGGCGCCGCCACCCGAGUACACAAGUCCGGAGGAGUCUCAUGAGAACAGCCGAAGAAGCAGCGAAGGCAGCGAUGACGAUGGUGAGGAAAGACCUCUCAUGCGGCCUGACUCACCAAGGCCACCUAUACCUAGCUAUGAUGCGGCCGUGGCAGAUGAUCCCCGGUCGAGACAUGAAUACGAUACCCAGCAUAGUGCAUAA